AAAUGUCGCGAUGUCCUAUGGCAUAUUUUGUUUUUUGACGCGGCGCAGUCACAUGACUUGCGCCGGCCGGUGAAUCCAUCCGCUCAGUUCAGAUCGGCUGCAAAGCGCUUAUCGUUCAGACGUCUGUGCAGGCUUUACCCUACAUGCCGUUAAAUACGAUAAAAAUCUUAAAUAUUUGUUCGGUUUUAUUGUGGAAAAUGGGUUGCGAGGACCUCACAUAAGUGUUUGUGACAGUGACGAAUCCCGCCUGAGCGGAAAAUGUGACAGAUCCGAUUUAUUUUGUGUACAAAUAAAUCAUUUACAGUGAUUGUGCUGAUUGCAGUGUAUUUUUAUAUUGUUUUUGUUGUGCCGCAAAGUGAAUAAUGGAAACGCGAAAUUAUUGGGAGGAAAACGGACAUGCUGUCAAAUAUGAUAACUACAAUUCCAACGAUGGGUUCGGGCGAGCGUCGGGGGAGCAGCUCAAUUUCGCCGCGCCUUCGGAGGACGAAACGGAAUACCCGCCCGGCGCGUACCUCAAGAAGGGGAAGGUCUCGAGGCAAGAUCCGAUGUCGCACCGAAUAAUCGAGAAGCGUCGGCGCGACCGUAUGAACAACUGUCUCGCGGACCUGUCUCGGCUCAUUCCGCCCGAGUAUCUGAAGAAGGGCCGCGGCAGAGUCGAGAAGACUGAAAUCAUCGAGAUGGCCAUCCGACAUCUCAAGUACCUGCAGGACCGCGUCAAUGCUGCCGAACGCCAGGCCGGCGAGGACUACAGGGCGGGGUACCAGGAGGCGGUGGCGGAGGCGGUCAGGUUUCUAGUUGAAGUGCAAGGUUACGGGCCCGGCGAUGGACUGUGCGUGUCAAUGGCGUCGCAUCUGCAGAGACACUGUGAAGUUGUUACUAAAGGCGAGCCGCUCGGCCGCGACAAGCCGCGCUCGCACCCCGGCUCGUCGUCGGAGACGGCCAGCUCGUCGAGCAGCUCGCACGGGUACGCGCUGAAGGCGCCGGUGAUUGCGCAGGCGCCGCCGCCCGCGCCUCCGCCCUUCGCGCAGGAGCCCUACGACGACCGGCAGCCAGAGGCCGUGUACCCCAUGGAUUGUGAUAGGGUGUCAGUGAGCCAGGUGUCGAUAGCGACGAGCAGCGACGCGCUGCAGGAGUCGGAGCCGCUGCCGCUGGACGCGCGGCGCAAGUGCGAGCUGACGCUGCGGACCGUGCGCAAGCCCGACCACGGCGACGACUACCUGCACUCCUACAAGUUCAAGAACUCCAUCGAGAGGCGAUUCUCCAGGUCACAGGACGAGAGGGGAUGUUGUCAGGCGGCGGAGACGGCGGCGCGCGGCGCGCACGCGCACGCCAAGCUCUACUCGCACAAGCGGCGCCGCGCCGCCAAGCCCGCGCCCUCCACCUCCACCUCCGCCUCCGGCUCCACCGAGGACGCGCGGGACACCUCGCCACAGGACACGUCAAGCGAUUCACCACACCACCAUCAUUAUGAGAAGCCACCACCGCCGACGCAAUAUGUUCCGGUCUUCGCUUUAAAUGCUUUGGGCAAGUACUACGUGCCGCUGAGCGUGGAGUACGCGUGCCUGGCGCGGCACCUCGGGCCGUACGACGUGCUGGACGCGCGCGCGGUGCAGCUGGCGGCGCCGCUGCACCCCGUCACCAUCCACGUCAACUUUCAGCCCUGCCUCAACUACCACGUGAAGCGCGAGCCCGCCGACCGCGACUGGCGCGCCGUCUGAUCCACACACAUACCAAACGUUUACAAACAAAACUUUUACAAGUGAUUUUUUAAAUAUACAAAGAACUGUUUUAUGAUGACUUUGAAAAAGUGAAGUAAUAUAAUUAUCUGCAGCUGUUAUUUUAUACCGAAUGCGUAAUUCAUGCAUGUUGUGAAAGCAUGACGGUAAUAUUAUUGGAACACAUCCUGCUAAACGGAUUUAAUUCAAAUAAUUUGAGCAUUAAAUAUUUUAAUGCAGUUCAACCUGGAGCGUUAUACAACACUACUUUUCGACUAUCUAGUCAAAUUAAAUUGUUAUGUUUAUCAUUUAACUGUAUAUAAUUACUGAUAAUCAUUAGUUUGGACAAGCAACUUUGUAGCUGUUUUUUGUAAGUAAUUGAAAUUGGUCAUCCAUUACGAUUUUGCAAUUUUUGUCAUUGACUGUAUUUAAGAUGUCAAAAGAUAAUUUUAGAUCAAAAUAUACAAAACAGAAAACUAUUGUAUAUAAUAUCUAUCUGUUUCAAUUACUAAAAUAUAGCAUCAAUAGUUGAAUCAUCCAAAACACAUAUUUUAUAGGUUACCUAAUAAUAGGUAUAUUUUAAAGGGUCAUUGUCGAUUGAUGACAAAAAUAAGAAUAUAAAACGCACAUGUAACCCAAUUGUCAUUAAAUAAUCUGACUUCACACAAGUUAUUAAAGUUUAAAUCCGGGACGCAUUACAUAAUACAAGUAAUAGACACUUUCGUGUCAUUUCACUUGACCAUUUGAAGGCAAGACUUUAUUUAUAUUUGAAGUGAAAGAUGUUUUCAGUGUUCUUAGUUACGGCUGUGAUAUGUAACGUUGUAGUAAUGAUUUUUAGAUUGUAAAUAUCGCCCGGUCUCUGAGAUACGAGGUUAUUAUCCGUGUUGAACUGUAGUUGAUAACCUACCGUGUUGGGAACAUAAUAUUUCGUAAUUUUAAGCUAGUAUGGAUUUUAUCCAUGAAAACUAAUCACUGUUUUGAUUUUAUUUUACCAAUAACUUUAUAUUGCUUAAAUAGUAUACGCCCAUAUCAAAAUGUAACUUCAACGGUCUUCCAUUUUGGAAGUUUUAACAACAUACAAAAUCUGAUUUCAUGUGCACAUGAUUCAUGUCAAGUUGUUAUCUCAACAUCCGGGCGUUUAUAUAUUUUGAAACAUUGUAAUUAAAACGGGUAAAACAUAUUUCACUGAAUUUUGUACUAUUCCCAGCGAUUUUAUUAUAUUCAAGACCCUUGAUUUAACACGGAAAUUUUGAAAUAUUGUAUCAAAAUUUUCAAAUAUUAAUGUACAUAAGAUAGAUUACAGAGAUAAAGGUGAGAUGAUUUGAUUUUUGUGGCGCGGAGUCUGUUUCGAGCGGACAAGACAAAGACUGAAGAAUUUAUUCGUAAAGGUUUUUUUUUUAUUGUUGAAACAUUGAAUUCUUCGUUCGUUCCGGUAGAUGUUCACUUACCAAAGUAGGUUUUGUGCGUUUUUUUCUAAUUAGCUUCAUAUUAAUACUAAAAAAACAAGUAAAUUCUGAGAUAUUGAAUAGUUUGAGCUAUAAUUCAAUUAUUGUAUUACUAUUGUGUACUGCAAAUAGUAUGUUUAAUUCUCGCUUCAGUUUAUGUUAUUAGGAUUCUUAAGACCUGUAGUAAGUGUUUUUUAUUCUUUUAUUAUAAAAGGGCCAUUACCGAAUUAUCAAAGAAUUCAUUGUGAAAUUAUGGUGUCAAAUUUUACGUAAUGUUAGAGACUUAAGAAGUUAAUUAAGAUUACAGUCUGUUAAAUGUAUACUUGAUAUUUUGUAAAUACAAAUGUUUACUUGUUUAGAAAUAAAUGUUAAAUAUUUUACGCAA